UCAUGUCUACUUUAAAUACAAACAUAAUCAUACUUCUUUAAGCGAAUUUAAACUUGUAUUGGAUGUGAAUUCAACCGAAAACCACACUCUGCUUCACCAAGAUUUCAUUUGAUAUAGGUUGUUGUGUCAUAAGUAUUUCAAAUGAAUUGCUUUUAUAAACUAUGUCUAUACGGAAAAAAAAAUCAGAUUGAAGCCUUUGGAUAACUACCGUAUUAAGUAAUAAUUAGAGUGAAGAAGCGGAUAUCUAUGACCAAUUUGUUACAAAGGAUAAUAACACUUAGUUCGAGGAUUUAAAUAUAGUUAAAGGCCAAUGAAAAACAGCCGAAUGCAAUAAUGUAAAGAAUAAAGCGAACUAGAAAGAAUAAAGCACAAAGAGAGUGAUUCCAUGCGUAUCUAAUGAAAAGUGAUUGUUUGGAAACCUGCUGAUGUUCGGCAAGGCUAAAAAGGCGGCAAAACACUUGUACGUUUGUAUACGUUUACAACCGUAACACUUUGAAUAGCAACGUACACUCAUGGGAGAAGUGUCAAACGAAAAUUUAACCAUGAAUAACCUCAGCACUGAAGGAAAUUAUAAGAUGAAUCCAAAUAUUCAGAAAUAUUUCAGCACAGAAAAUCAUGGAGAUUUUAUUAUUAAAGGAUUGCAGCUUAAUUUCCCCGCAGGUGUUGUGCUGUCGAUGUUGUUCGUUCUGGUGUUAGUGAUGUUGCAUGAAACAUUUACCUACUGGAUUCAACACAAAUGGAAAAUCAACCGAAGUCUGAAGACUUUUAGGUCAAAAUAUGACCAACAGGCGGCUGAAAGUCGUUUUCAUUUAAUUGCUACACUAAACAAACUGUUGACAACUACCCUCUUGUAUAUUAUGGUGCUAUGUAUCGUGUCAAGAAACAUUUGGAUUCUUGUUUCCGCUAUUUUGGGAAAAGGUGUUGGAUAUCUUCUCUUCCGCCCAUUCGUGUCGGCGUACGUCAAUGUCGGUUUCGAAAAGAAAAAGGAGCGACGUACGUGUAUUGAAAUGAGACAUGUUAAUGGAACUGUGUCCGGAAACAAUAUAGAAUUAAUAUGCCCACUAAUCGAGGCUUCGUGUUAAGGGUCUUUACGUUGAAAAUGAUGUCCAUAUUUUUCCAUAGACCUAAACACUGCUAAGCUUAUUGUGUUGUGUGUAAAAUAUACAUACAAUUGUUUUAACGUCUCGUGAACUGUUUCUUUAAUCGUCCAAGGCCCAAACCCCACCAUUCAUUAAUGACAAUACCUUGACCGUCUGCGGUAUGUCUGUGUUAAUUUUGUACAUUGCGUUUCUCACGUUUUGUGUAUAUCAACCCCUUGUCUUACGCCCUUUAACGAAUUAUUCGUUAAAAACUUUGCUACUAGUUUUCUCUCUGAAGUUUGCAUUGUAUAAUAAUAUGUUCACGCAACACUUACUACGUACCAGUAGAACGAAAUAUAAUCAGAUAAUUUUCUUCAAGAGUAUCUUAGUUUGGCUGCAGAAGAGCACACGUAUUGUCUUUGUCUGGACUAUUCAGUGUCUCGGGCCGUUUUAAGACACCUGUGCCAAUUAUUACGUUCUACCUACAACAAACUGGACACUUUAAAAGGAUACUCUAUGGUUAUUCUGAAUAGACAUUCGUUGAUGGAAUAUCACUGACAAAGAUUUGUUUUUGUUUAUUUUAUAAAUGUUAUGGGUGUUUAAGCUUUAGGAAAAUCAAGAUAAGCCAUUCUGCAAAACCGUUUAAUAGUAUAUAUUUUAUAUAUAAGUAUGUUUUACGGUGCGCUGAUUGUAUCGUCAUCUGCUUUAUGCAAGCGCCAUAUUCCCUAUUGUUUAGGUUUAGCAAUUCAUGUACAGAAAAAAUAAAACUUAAGUUUAAUAUUUA